UCCUACGUAGGAUCGAGAUCGGUGAGGUCCUGCAGGAUCGUAAAAUCGUAGAAUCGUAAGAUCCGGAUCGGGAUUUUAACAACAAUACUUAUCGCCAAGGCUAGUUUUUAUUAUAACCUUCAUCUUUAAACAAAAAAUAAAUUCCACAAACAAGAAAUGGUAUUCUAAAUUCCACCUGAUUAGUCUACUUACUCCAAUUGCUUCCUCAUCAGAGAUGCCAAAUGCAAAACAACAGCUAAUUAUCAUUUUUAAGGUCAACCAUAAAUAAAGAUAUAGUUUUUAAUUGUAUAAAAUGUCAUCAUUUUGAGGAAACAAAUGUCACCAUUGCUACUUAACAACAUAUAUCAACAUAAGAAAAACAACAUAUAUCAGCAUCGUAUCAAAACAAAAAAAAUGACAAAAUCUAGCACAACCCACUUUAAAUAAACGGCAUUAACUGAGCUAAUUAUCUUCAAAAACCCAAAUUUAGAAGUAGUUAAUUAGUGAAGAAGAAAGAGAAAAUCAUAAAUUUAGUUACCCAGAAAAAAAAUGGGUGAUGUUGAGCUAGAAGCAGAAGUAAGACAACCUUUGAUUGACCCAGAAAUUGAGACGUUGUCAACUUCACUUAUCAGUUGUUUGUAUGUUGCUCACUUUUUAUCAAGAUGGAGUGCCAGAAUGUGGGAAUUUUCUGUAGCUUUAUACAUGAUUCACAUAUGGCCAGACUCAUUGCUCCUUACUGCUCUAUAUGGAGUUGUAGAAUCAGCUUCCGUUGCGCUUUUUGGACCUAUUAUUGGGCAAUGGGUGAGCACGCUGACAUAUGUCAAGGUUCUUCAACUCUGGACAGUGUCACAGAAUCUAUCAUUUGUAGUUGCUGGAAUUACAGUAAUCAUUCUACUGGUCUACUCGGGUUUAACGAGUAUCAUGUUUGCAGCACUCGUUCUGGUAACUUAUCUCUCAGGAGCUGUUGCAGUGCUCUCAACACUUGCAGGAACCAUCUUAAUUGAAAGAGAAUGGGUGGUUGUAAUUUCAGAAGACCAGCCUUCCGGAGUGUUAACAAAGCUGAAUUCAGUUCUUAGAAGAAUUGACUUGGUGUGCAAAUUAGGUGCACCGGUGGUUUCUGGUUUUCUUAUAAGCUUUGUGUCAUUGACAGCCUCAGCUAUAUUUUUGGCUGUUUGGAAUAUCAUCUCUGUUUGUCUUCAAUACUGGCUACUUAGCUCCGUAUAUAGAGGUGUUCCAGCUUUACGUAUGAAAGAUAUUAAAAGAAAGGAGAUCUCUUCUCAUGAACAUGAACCGAGCACAUUUGUUACUGAGCAAAAUGCCAGCUUGCCUUUUGAGGACAGAAGCAACAAUUCUUCAGCUGGAAGUCAAAAAUUAGGAUGUUUACCGAUAUUUCCUUGUUUCGGUGCUUGGAAAGUCUACUUAAACCAAGAAGUGGUGCUUCCAGGACUAGCCCUGGCAUUGCUGUAUUUUACUGUUCUUAGCUUUGGCUCUUUGAUGACUGCUUCCUUGGAAUGGCAAGGCAUACCUGCAUAUGUGAUAGGUAUAGCCCGAGGCAUAAGCGCUAUUGUUGGAAUAACAGCGACUUUCACCUAUCCAAUCUUAGAGUCUCGACUUUCAACUCUUAGAACUGGACUUUGGUCCAUCUGGUCUCAGUGGUCAUUCCUCCUUCUAUGUGUUGGUUCUAUAUGGGUCAAAGAUGGCAUGUCAUCCUCAUACAUGUUAAUGGGUGGCGUUGCAGCCUCCCGGCUUGGAUUAUGGAUGUUCGAUUUGGCUGUUAUCCAACAAAUGCAGGAUCAAGUACCGGACUCUGAUCGCUGUAUCGUAGGAGAAGUCCAGAAUUCCAUCCAAUCUACCAUGGAUUUGUUGGGUUAUGUCAUGGGAGUAAUUGUCCCUAAUCCAGAGCACUUUUGGGAGCUGAUAUUGAUAUCCUUUGCAAUAGUAACAUUGGGUGCAAUACUGUACACAAUGCAUAUAUGGCGAGUACGGAAGCACCUGUUUCAUUUUGAGAAGUUGUAUGGAUUAACUAGGAGAUUUUUCGGAUCAUCCUCUUAACUAGAGCAACUCUAACAUGACAUUGACAUGACGAUACGAGAGAAACACAAAGUCAACCUGAAUACGAUCUAUAUAGAUUAAUUUGUCAUAUCAUAUAAUUAUCCUAUAUUUAUGUAGAUUUGGAUUUAUUUUCAAGAUAUAUACCCAAAACCAAUACGAACACAACUUGCUUACCCAAAUUGUUGGCUCUACUUAUAGCAUAUAUAGAUUUCAUUUUCUA